GGCGAUGGUUUAAGUCGAACCGUUGUUGUUUACUUUAAGAGCCGAUAGUCAUCUCUUUCGUUCUCCAUUGAUUGUGCUAUUCGUCGCUCCCCUCCGACUUCAUCCUUUUUUUGUGCACUCAAAUCUCUUAGCCUUGUUCGUCUCUCGUCUGUUUCGCUCUUUCUUCUCCUGGUCUCAACCAUUCUUCUUCCUCCUCCGCCUCCUCUUCUUCUUCAGUAUCUGCUCCUCCUUUUCAUCGUUCUCCCUCUUUUUCUCUCUCUUUUCUCGCUCUUUCAUUUUCGGGAAAAAAAAUCAAAAAAAAAUGUCGGCAGAUUCUGUCGUUGCUAUUGCGUGGGAUGUCUUCAAGAGAUAUGUACUUGUUCCCAUCGAGCGUGGGUUCGGAUACGUGAUCUCCUCCAAGAGCUUCGCCGACGGUCUUCGGGAGGAAGUCCGGAAUCUGGAGAACGAGGAUCGGAGGGUCAAAGUUCUUGUGGAACAGGCCAGAAACAAUGUUCGGAACUUCCACGUUGUCUUCACGACGUGGGAGGCAAGUGCUGACAAGGCAUUGGAGGAGGCGGGAGAGCUGUUGGACGUCUUCGAAAAGGCGACCAAGACUUGCUGCUGUGGGACUCUUCCCGACCCCAAAUGUCGCUAUCAGUUCAGCAGGAAGGCCGAGGGCAAGAUCAAGGUCAUUAAGCAACUCGCUCAUGAAUGCAGCGGAUUCAAGGAAUUGAACGACAUCUCCUUCAGCGAUGCUGCUCCAGAAAAUGUCACUGCUCCAGGAAAUGGCAUCUUCGAAUCCAGAGCUCAAAUCAUACAGGACAUCAUGGACGCUCUUGCCGAUAACAGCAAUAGCGUAGUCGGGGUUUACGGGAUGGGUGGGGUCGGCAAGUCCACCCUUUUGGUGGAAGUCAAAAGGAUUAUAAGCAAAGAGAAGUCGUUUGAUUGGGUCGCUAAGGCCGACGUGUCGGAAAAUCCAGACAUCAAGAUGAUUCAAGGAGAGAUUGCCGAUGCGUUGGGCCUUAGUGAGAUUAAGGACAAAGAGUCCAUCAGCGGGCGAGCGGAACUUCUACACAGGAGGUUGGAUGAAGAGGAGAGGAGCAAAAAGAAGGUCCUCAUAAUACUGGACAACCUGUGGAAGGGGCUCGACUUAAAAUCAGUCGGCAUUCCUUGCAGAUAUGACAACAAAGUCAUAGGAUGCAAGUUGUUGUUGACGUCAAGAUUUCAAGAUGUUUUGCGAAGGGAAAUGGGCUGCGACAAGGACUUCCAUCUUGAUGCGCUGAAGGAGGAAGAGGCAAAAAGAUUGUUUGAGAGGACGGUGGGAGACAAAGUUCACGAUGUCACGUUCAAAUCCUUGGUGGAUGAAGCACUCCACAAAUGUGCAGGUUUGCCUUUUCUAAUUGUCAAUUUGGCAAAACAUUAUAAACACGCUGGUUUAUCCGAAUGGAAGAAUGUUUUGAAACAAAUCAAGUUGUCUAAAAACGAAGGACUUGGUGAGGUGAUAAAUAACAUGUUGCAGUUGAGUUAUGAUCAUUUAAAAGACGCAGAUAGGUCAUUGUUAGCACUCUGUGUUGCUUAUGGCAUCUCUCAGCCCUCUCUUGAAAACUUGGUGAGGUUCGGUGUGGGUUGGGGGUUAUUUCGAGAAGAUAACAACAUGGAAGACGCUAGAGAUAGUUUGAGAUCAGGGAUUCGUGCUCUUCAAGCCUCCUCCCUCUUGUUAGAGGAUGGAGACGCUUAUGGUUUCAAGAUACAUGACUUGGUUCGUGAGUUUGUUGCCUCGGUCGCUUCAAGUGAUCAUCCGCUUCUCGUGUUGAAAGAUAAUGAUAAGUCGGUAACAAAGUUGCAGCUCAAAAGUUGUAAGGCGAUAUGCUUUCCCUAUGUUGACGUGGAGGAUUUUCUCCAAGAAUUAGAUUGCCCUGAAUUGCAGAUCCUUUUGUUGUUCACAAACAAUGAAUCUCUUGAGAUCCCAAAUUCAUUAUUUUACUCAAUGAGGAAACUCAUGGUCUUAAAUCUUGUUGGGAUACAUCUCGCUCCUUUGCCAUCACUGUUUCAGUUCCAAAAGAACUUACGAACUUUGUGUCUUCAUAGUUGUUUAUUAGAGGAUGCAGCCAUUCUUGGGGAGCUAAAAGGGCCACGAAUUCUCAGCCUUGUGAACUCCAAUAUUCAGCGAUUGCCGAAAGAAAUUGGGCAAUUAGUAGAGCUGAGGUUGUUAGACUUGAAUUAUUGUUCCAAUCUUCAGAUAAUUGAACCAGGUGUGCUUGGAAGCUUGAUCAAAUUGGAGGAGUUGUACAUGGAGGGUAGCUUUGAACGAUGGAAUGCCGUGGAUCAAACUCCACGAACUAAUGCCAGUCUGAUUGAGUUGAAUCACAUGAAGAAUCUUUGCACUUUGCAUGUUUCCAUUCCCGACCAGAGUGUGCUCCCAGGGGAUCUAAAUAUCGAGAAAUUGACCAAGUACAAACUCAAAAUCGGUCAUCUUUAUGACUUCAAUGACUGGCGCUGGUUAAACAAGUACGAACGAUCAAGGACAUUGGAGCUCAAGUUGAAUCCAACAAGUAAUAUUCUUCAAAAAGGAUGCAUACGAACUACUUUACACAUAAUUGACGAUUUGUGGUUGGAUGGGUUGAACGGAAUAGAGCAAAGCAUUUGCCAGUUAUCCCUAGAAGGUUUUCCACAAUUAAAGCGUUUACAUGUUCAGGAAAGUCCUUCCAUCCGUUACAUCCUCAAACGGUCUUCCCUUCCCACUUUUAAGACAUUGGAGUUUUUAUUUCUAGGGAAUUUGAUCAACUUGGAGAAGUUAUGCCACAAUGAUAUCUCCUCCAAGUCCUUCAGUGCAUUAAAAGUCCUACGAGUUGAUAGAUGUGACAAGAUGAAACAUCUGUUUCCCCUUUCAUUACUAAGAGAACUUCCACAGCUAAAAGAGAUCGAAGUUAUCAGAUGCAAGGUAAUGAAGGGGAUUGUAAAAGAUGAUGAUUGUGGUCAAGUUGAGUUGCAUAACUUGCACGUAUUGAAAUUGCAUGACUUGCCAAGUAUCAAGAACUUUGUUGCUGUCCGGACAGCUCCUUCGAGCAGUACAUCGGACGACCAAGUUGGCACUCAAGUUGCGUUCUUCAAUAGGCAACAGGUUUCAAUCCCAUCCUUGGAGUCCUUGACAAUUGAAGGACUUCCCAAUCUGAAAGAGAUAUGGAGCGAUGAAUCUCCAUUGGAGCUGAGCAAUCUCCAAUCUCUCAAAGUGGUGCGGUGCGAAUCUCUUUUGAAGGUUGUCAGCUCCAGGUCGCUGGUAAAACUACAUAAGUUGCACACUUUAACUGUCGAAGAUUGCGUCUCGGUGCAAGAUAUUUUUGACCUUGACGGAGCAAGUGGUAGUGGAAAUGUUGAGACUGUCUCUGAGUUAACCACCUUGGAAUUAAAUAAAAUGCGGAGCUUGAGGCGCAUAUGGAACAAGAGUCCUUGUGGAAUAGUGAGUUUCCAUUAUUUAAAGAAGUUAAAGGUGGAUCUCUGUGACAACCUCAGGUUUAUGUUUUUCCCAUCCAUGAUUAAAACUCUCACACAAUUGAGAGAUCUAACGGUGCGACAUUGUGAUAAUAUGGAGGCGAUCAUCACGGAGGAAGAAGGGUUUGGAAUGGAAAUAUUAGAAACUUUGGCAUUCCCGAUGUUAACCGAUUUGUGCUUAGAAUGGUUGAAAAGUCUAACGUGCUUCUCUCGCGAAAAGUGUUCACGAGAAGCUCGGAGUCCAGACCACGUCCAAUCACGCUCCGCUAUACUCUUCAAUGAAGAGGUUGCCUUUCCGAGAUUGGAGACAUUAGAAAUCACUCAAUUGGAUAAUUUCGGGUUUAUGUUUUUCCCAUCCAUGGUUAAAUCUCUCGAACAACUAAAAAAACUAAGUGUACAGUCCUGCGAGAAGAUGGAGGCAAUCAUCACGGAGGAAGAAGGGUUGGGAAUGGAAACAUCAGAAACUUUGUUAUUCCCGAUGUUAACCGAUUUAAGCUUAGAAUGGUUGGAGAGUCUGACGUGCUUCUCUCGCGGAAAGUGUUCACGAGAAGCUCGGAGUCAGGAUCGCGUCCAAUCAUGCUCCACUGUACUCUUCAAUCGAGAGGUUGCCUUCCCGAGAUUGGAGACAUUAGAAAUCACUCGCUUGGAUAACCUCGGGUUUAUGUUUUCCCCAUCCAUGGUUGAAUCUCUCGCACAACUAAAGAAAAUAACGGUAGGGUAUUGCAAGAAGAUGGAGGCAAUCAUUACGGAGGAAGAAGGGUUGGGAAUGGAAACAUUAGGAACUGUGGCAUUCCCGAUGUUAACUGAUUUAUCCUUAACAUAUUUGAAAAGUUUGACAUGCUUCUCUCGCGUAAAGUGUGAGAAUGGAUACACUUUGAUGUUCCCUCUCCCGGAAGAUGUCAUUGUGACCGGAUGUUUCCACAUGAAUUUCUUCUCUAUAGGACCAAUAGAGGCGCCAAAGCUAAAGAGAGUACGAGUAGCUAGAGAUGCAGCAGCAGCGUGGUUUUGGAACGAAGACCUCAACAUCACCAUCCAAAAUAUGUUUGAAGAAAUGGGUAUGUUUGCUGGAGUAAAGAAAAUGCUGCUAUCUGAGCUCCCCGAUCUAAUUGGAAAAUGGCAUAGCGAACUUAAUCCCAUCAAGUCAUCUUGGCAAUUAGAAUCAUUGACGGUGGAUAAAUGUCCAUCAUUUAUUAAGGCAAUUCCAUCCAAAUUGAUGCUCGUUUUAGACAAUUUGCGCUUUUUGCAAGUGCGCGAUUGCAAGUCACUAGAAGAAAUAUUCAAUCAGGAAGGGCUAGAGGCUAUGGAAAGUACUUGGGUGCUGCCUCGGCUACUGGAAUUGAACUUGGUCAAUCUACCAAAGUUGAGGCGACUAUGGAACAAAGAUCUUCAAGAAUGGUUGCGCUUCGAUUCUCUACAUGUUCUCAAGAUUUAUAAUUGCAGCAACUUGGGACAUGCUUUCACUCCAUCGAUGGCUCGGUGCCUUGCCCAUCUAUGGAGAAUUGAAAUAAAGGAGUGUGGUCAGAUGGAAGGAGUGAUCACAGACGGAGAAGGGCAGGGAAGCGCCGUGGAGAAGAUUACAUUCCCGAAUUUGGAAUACUUGACGCUGGAAUGCUUGCCCAAUUUGACUGGUUUCCUCUUGGGAAAGAAUCAUACGCUGGAAUGUCCCGAAUUGGAAGAGUUGACCAUUGCCCACUGCCCCAAGAUAAAAAGUUUGACUUGGCAAUCUUUGAUGGAGAUUGGCCACGGCACCCCUUCGCUUUUCACUCCACAGGUACAAUUUCCUCAACUUAAGUCAAUGGUUCUCUCCCACAUGGACAAUUUAAGCAAAAUAUGGACCGACGGUCCUCAAGAAACUCUCACUUUUGACUUUUUAGGGGAAGUGGAGGUUCAAAAUUGUAAGAGCCUUGAAAAUUUGUUUCCGCAUUGGGUGGCUACAAGUCUUACCCAACUUAAGAAACUUCGAGUGGAGUGUUGUGGGAUCGAGGAAAUGGUCGCUAGUGGAGAUGACACUCCACACUCCAAUAUUGCUCAAGUUCUUUUCCCAAAACUAAUCUCUCUAGUGUUACACGAUAUGUCACGGCUCAAGAGCUUUUGCCCUAAUUUGCCCACUUUGAAUUGGCCAUUCAUGGAGGAAUUGCGAGUGACUCACUGUGACAAACUAAACACGUUGUCCUUUGUAGCAUCCAUGAACAAUUGGGCUCAAAGAGAUGAUCAACAGGACCUUUCAUACCGAGAAGCAGAGUAUUCAUUGGAGAGGGACUUUCCCAACUUAGAGAGACUUUUAUUAGUCAAUAAAGAUGUUCAGAUGAUACAGGAUGGAAAACUUCCCGAUGACAUCUUUGGCAAGCCAAAAGCAUUAACAUUGGCAUGCUUUCAUGAUGAAAAGGCCGUCUUUCCUCUCAUGUUCCUCCUAGAGAAAUUUCAGAAUUUACUAAGUCUUGAGGUCUUUUGUAGCUCCUUUGAACAUAUAUUCCCCGAUGAAGGGCUUGUUGACGAGGGAAAACAUCUGGUGUUUGAAAAUCUAAGAGAACUUAAGUUGAGCAAGUUGCAUAAUCUAAAACGUGUAUGGAGAGAAGACUAUUUAAUGGCAAAAAUUCUUCAGAGUAUCAAAACAUUUGAGGUUUGGGAUUGUCCUUGUUUGACAACAAUAUUUCCAACCGCGAUAUCCUUCCAGAAUUUGACAAAGUUAGUGGUGAAGAAUUCUUCUGGAUUGAUACAUCUGGUAACAGUUUCAGUGAUUACAAAUUUGGUGCAUCUCACUGAUAUGACUAUAAUAGGAUGUGAAAGAAUGAAAGAAGUAGUGGCAAACGAUGAAAAUGGAGAAGGAAAAGUGAUAUCUCUUGGGAAGUUAUUUAGUUUGACACUCCAAAAUCUGCCAAGCCUAGAAUGCUUCUCCUCCGCCACAAGUUGCAUCUUCAUAUUUCCAUCCUUGUUGAAGAUUGAAGUGGAAGAGUGCCCGCAAAUGAAGAUCUUUUCCAAGGGUACGCUAAGCACACCAAAAUUAUAUUGGGUGACACUAUUUAGAUACCAGCGGAUAGGGAACUGGGAGGAGCGUGAUCUCAAUACAACCAUACAAAAGUUAUCGGCAUGAACAAAUACGCACAUGAAAUUGGGAAGGGCAGGACAGGCGGUGCAAAUGAAGAGAAAGAGGGAUUUUUCUCUCGCGAGAAGUUGAACAGUGCGCACUCCAGGCCACCAUUCCCUAAAGAUCAUCACGGUUUCUGGUCGCCGCCGCCGCCGUCGCCGUCGCCGUCGUCGGCACUGGAGAGAAGACGAAAGUACGACGCCGGAGAUGGCACCACCGAGCCUCCACAGUCCUCCCCACUUCAUCAGAGAAAAUCGUGAGUUCACGCUUCUUCACGCAUCAUUUCUCCCGAUUUUCGUGUCUUAUUGCAGGGAGGACCAAACAGUCAGCAGAUUGAGGCACCCUGAGCUGGUCUUUUAUGGUCCCACGCACCCAAGGCCUCUCACUGCUCUUAAAUCAGCCAACAAAUUUCAAACGGAGCAUCCCUUUUUCAAGUUGGUGAUGAGGCCAUCUUACGUUAAGUAUGGCUUGGUAAUACCAAAGAGGUUCAUGAGAAAAUAUGUGAGAAUCUCUCAAAAGUGGUCACAAGAAAUUAUGGUGAGAAUCUCUCGAAAGGAUGCUUCAGAGAGUUUAGUGCAAUUAUUUGGCCUGUGAAAUUGGAAAAAUGUGAUGAGAUGGUUUGGCUAUCAAAUGGUUGGAACCGAGCCUCAGCGAUUGUGGAAUUGUCUUGCUAAAAGUGGAAGAUGCCAGCGAUUGCCGUGAUGUUUCGGUCAAGCUUUAAGUCUUUAGGGACAAAUUGCAUUCAGCCAAGUGUCCUCGGCUUUAUAUGGCAAUGGAAUUUGAUCAGGUUUACGAAGUUCAUGGCGGUUCCUAUGCACAUUCAUCAGCACAGAGUUUGGGGAGGGACAGAAGUUCGAAUUGCUCAUCAUUAGAUUUUCCAGUAAGCUGAAAGAACCAAGCUUGUGCAGCGCUCUUGAACGGGCCAGCAAAUAUAAACCCGAGUAUCCUUUCUCCGAAAUUGUGGUGAGGUGAAUACAUCUGAAGAAAAACAAUGCGAGAGUUCCCGGUUCUUUCCCAAAGACGCACAUUAAGAAAAGCCCGCAGACCAUGGCUCUCACAUUUCAAGACAAAUUAUGGCCAUUAAAGCUCAUCAGCCACGACAUUAUGGAAAGUUAUCUGCCUGUUGGGCCGCAUUCAUGAGAGAAACUUCUCUGAAGGUGGAAGACGUGUGUGUUCGAGCUUUAUUAAAAGGGACGAUAUUGUGUUCAGAGUAUCCAUCUUCAGAACCAUUGAUAAAAGUUGGGUGAACAAUAUAAUAUGCAAUACAAUACAGCAAAGGAAGCAUCGCUUUAGCUCAAUUUUGGUGAGAACAGAACUUACAGAAUUGCUGGGGUGAAUUCUGCUUCUGAUUCGGCAAAAUGGAUAAAAGCAUGAGUUUUGUUCUAAUGAAUGCAAUGGUCCUCCUGAAUGUGUAAGAUACCUUUCCUUGAUCCUAGACUUAAUAAUCACUAUGUGAGCAGGAGUCAUAAGUCAGAGGAAGCUGAUUUGCCAAAUGUCGAUUCUAUAACUUCCGUCUCUGGAAAUUCUUUAGGGUUUCCGGUUGCUGAACCUGACCUCUAGAAGACCUUUAGAAUUGUAAAGUGUAGUAAUGUCGAAUACACUUCCCUUAAGCCAUAUACUAGCUCUGAAUUUCGAGGCACAACCCAUGGUUUUAUGAGCUCCAGGGAACUUACCUCAGAUUCUUUUCA